AUCCAAUCACACGUCGAGUUACAGGGUACUCGACCCUUGAGUUACAGCUAUUGGCCCAACGACUUUGUUGACGCAAUUUAGACCCCGCCUUCCCGGCUGAUGUUUCGGAAGGAUUAUUGACAGAGGCGGUUAGUCUCAUACACCGGUGUCACAUCUGCGCGAGGCUCACCGGCGGACCGGGGAAAGAGAGUUUGUGUGCGUGGGUGUCUGGAUGUGAGCGCGCGUGGCCGUGAUUUUGAAGAUCCCCGUUGGUGCCUUUUGUCAUCGCAGCUGGACGUCUCGCUCGUGCGAGCGACGUUCAAACCCGGAGAUUCCCUUUUUCGUGGAUGCGAGGGUUAAAGGACACCGACAUCGCGGGUUUCCCGACUAAUCAGCGCGUUCAGCGUUACGGCGCGGUCUACGGCUAGUCUGUCCGAAGCACAAUAAUUAGUUUCUGCCUGGUGGUUCCGACUGACCGCCUCAUUCAACCCAGCCGUUACUGGCGAGAGAAGAGCUGGACGGUUCCGCGAGGCGGUAGAUUCUCGUCGUAUCGUGAUGUUGGAGUCGGGGUGGAGGGAAUCCGCGCGGAACAAGAACAUUGCAGCCCUUAUCUCCGGAGCACACCCGUGCUGCCUAACGGAUCCGGAUCACCAGUAUUGAUGGGUAGUUCACGUGCGCUCGUGUCUGGACAGCCAGUAUCUUGACCUGGGCAGACUCGCCACGUGCGAUGGAGGUGUACUACCAGCUGCCGGUGCUCGCGCUGGACCGGCCCGUUCCGAAGCACGUCCUGGGCCGGAGAGGCGCUAUCAGUCUCAACUCCAACGCGAGCCUCUUCGGUGGUCGGUCUCCACGCCAGUUGUCAAAGAGACGAGGGGCCAUCUCCUAUGACCGCACCGACCAGACUGCACUCUUCAUAUGCCUGCUGGACAUGCGAUUGACAGGUCGGGGAAUAAUCAUCAAAUCAGAAAAAAGAGGAGGAACUAAGCUGUGGGUUGACUUCAGACUUCUACACAAUCAGUCUGGAGUGGGAUGUGUAUCUGGGAAACGACAUCGUCAGCAUCUGAGUCUGCAGCGCUACCUCCACCCAAUCAGAGGCUUCAGCAACAGCUCAGCUCUGCCCACUGGACCUGUAGCCCCGCCCCCACCGCCACAACGCACACUUGGCCUUCUUGACCAGCAAUACUACGGACAAGCCUCUGUCAUGUUGAAAAGAGUAGCCAGCUGGAAUUUUGACAUAUUCCUGUUUGAUCGUCUCACAGAUGGAGAAACGCUGGGGUGUGUGCUUCAACAUCUCUUUCAUAAAUAUGGCCUUAUCGAACUGUUUGGAUUGGAUCCUCUGAGAUUCCACAAGUUUGCAGGGCUGCUCCAGGAGUACUACUACACCAGGAAUCCGUACCACACCUCAGUUCACGCCGCUGAUGUCACCCAGGCCAUGUGCUGCUUCCUACAGGAGCCAAAGCUAGCCCAGUCUUUAACCUCCUGGGAUAUCUUGCUUGCGUUGUUGGGAGCCGCCACUCAUGACCUCAGUCACCCUGGUGUUACGCAAGACUUCCUCAUCAAAAGUAACCACUACCUGGCCCUGCUGUACCAGGACGGUGCUGUUCUGGAGAACCAUCACUGGAAGCUGGGAGUGUGUAUCCUGAGAGAGUCCGGCCUCUUGUCUCACCUGCCCGUAGAGGACAGGUUGUGCUUUGAGGGUCGCCUGAAUUCUCUGAUUUUGGCCACUGACAUCAGCAAGCAGAGAGAAUUCCUGAGUCGCUUUGAUGCACACCUGAAGAAUGAUGACCUCAGCAUGAACAACGGCAACGACAGACACUUAAUACUGCAGAUGGCGCUGAAGUGUGCAGAUAUCUGUAACCCCUGUCGGCCUGCAGUCAUCAGCAAACAAUGGAGCCACAUGGUCACUCAGGAGUUCUUCCAGCAAGGUGAUAUGGAGCGAGCGCUAAGGCAGGAGAUCUCUCCUCUCUGUGACAGACAUUCCAAUGACAUGGCCAGCAUCCAGACAGAUUUUAUCUCCUUCGUGGCAGAGCCUCUGUUUACUCAGUGGGCGAAAUUCUGCAAGUCACCGCUCUCCCGCUGCAUGCUGGGUAACCUGCAGGAGAAUAAGCGCUACUGGAGUGGCAGCGCCCCCUAGAGCCCUGGAGCUGUGCUGCAGGAGUGGACGCGUCCGGCUGCCCACCGCUCCCCUGACCCCGUUCCCUCGGCCGCCAUCCUCUCCUCUCCGCGGCCAGAUUUUAUGAUGUUUUAUUUGUAUUUAUUAAUUUAUUAAUUUCUAAGAUCAGAUGAGUCUUCCAUUGUCUUCUGUUGUCAUGUGCUUGUCCCCUAGCCCCAAAUUGCUUAGUGUGAAUGUGGAAUGAAUAGUCAUUGAAGUGUGUGUGUGUGUGUGUGUGUGUUUGUGUGUGUGAUGGGUUCGUUAUCGCCCAUGAGUAAAGCUUCAUGUCUCACGUCUGCUAUGACUCGCCCCUGUGCCAGUGCGUGUGCGUGUGUGUGUGUGUGUGUGUGUGUGUGUGUGUGUGUGUGGGUGUGGGUGUGUGUGGGUGUGUGUGUGUGUGUGUGUGACACAAGGAACUUCAUGAUGGAGUGUUGCUACCUGUUCUAUGCAUUCACUUGUUCUCUCUCCCUCUCUCUCUCACUCACUCACUCUUUCACACACACACACACACACACACACUUUGAAUAUGCAGGAGGGAAGAAGUGUCCUUGUGUUACACUGUGACUUGCGGUUUUGCCAACGCAUAAAAACAAAACACUCUUGCUCUUCCAAACUCAUGCAAUAAUUGCUAACGGCAAUAAUUAGUAUUUCAUUAGGAUUUGACCUUUUUAGAGUUUUGUACUUUUUCCACAGUAAUGUUUUAGUGUUUUGAUACUCUUCCAGUUCUUGAAUAAAUCUUGACUGAAGCUUGA